AUGCGCUCGAAAAUAUUCAAUGAUGCCGAGCUCGAACGACUACGACGUGAGGCCAUUCCCUCAUCGAAUGAAUUGGCUACGGCUGGGGAUGAGGCUCCUCAGGCGACAGACCAGCUGCCACGAGUAGAAGCCGCCAUGGAUCUUCCAGUUGUGGGUGAUUCAGACGAUGAUGAAAUGGUCUCCCACGAACUAGAGCAAAUGAGGAGUAUAUUGGAAGAGGCGAUUUUAGAAACGCGCAGCAUGCCUCUCGAAAAUCGACCGCGACUUCCCCGCAUACCCCUAAGCAAGCGAAAUCGGGCUGUCGUGAGGGCUCUUAACCCAAUGCUGGUAACCUAUUUGGAAGCCAGCCGGGACCUUUGCGAGACGGACUCAGUUCUUUUUGGCGCCGCAGUGGCAGCUUGCCGUAUUAUUGGCGCCAAACUUCCCAUGGCUGGACGCGCUACUAAACAAAGUAGCGCCAUCCCAGCCUGGAGAAAAAGAAUUGAGGACCGUAUCGCAAAGGCAAGGGCCCUUAUCGGCAGACUGAUAAGCUUCAGGUCGGCCGGAUAUCACGCAGAAACUAACGGAUGCAUAGACGACCUGAAGCAAAAGAUUGCCGCUUGGGGGAAGCGGAUUCGCCGAUUUACCGAGAGGUCAAGGCGGUUCAACCAGAAUCGUCUCUUCCAGAGUGAUCAGAAGAGGCUCUACAAAUCAUUGGAGCGACCAGAGGUAUGUGGAGCGGGCCCAGGACCGGAUCAGGCUAACACUGUCGCAUUUUGGCGUGGCCUGUGGUCAGAGCCCGUAAACCACAGCGAGGGCCCUUGGACGGAAGUUGUGGCGAGUCAGUGUGUGAGUAUUACGCCCAUGGAUCCCGUCAUCAUAACGCCGGAUGACGUAGCUGAGGCGGUCCGUAGAGCCCCGAACUGGAAAAGUCCGGGACUCGACGGACUGCAUCACUACUGGCUGAAGGGGUUCAUGGUGUGUCACGCUGUGCUCGCCCGUCAGUUUCAAGAGGCUCUCAACCAGAAGUCGCUCCCUAGCCUCUUCACUACUGGGAUCACUCAUUUGGUUCCUAAAGACCAGACCAACACACAAGAUUCUAUUAAACCAGUUGAAUUCAUUUUACAACAUCAUUUGGUUACGUCAACAUAA